AUGGCGGUAAUGAUCGGUGGUGGCGAUUUCUGUUCUUCAGUUCAAAAGAAAUCCAUAAGUACUCAUGCAAUUUAUGAUGGUGCAGAAGAUACAAGUGAUUCUUGUGAAAGAGGUCCUUCAAAAAGUAGAGAACGAAAGAGAGACAGGGAUAAAGACCAUGAUCGUUCUGAGAGGGAUCACCAUAGACUUCGUAAUACUGAUAGAAGAGAACGGUCUGAAACAAACAGAGAUGACGGAUAUCAUCAUAGAGACCAUGGCAGACGUAGAAGUUAUGAUAGAGAUAGUGAUGAAGAGAGAUAUAGGCGCAGUAGGUCUAGAUCACGUAGAGAUAGUGAAGAAGAGAGACCACAUAGGCGUAGUAGGUCUAGAUCACGUUCUAAACGUAAACGGAAUAGCGGCUUUGAUGUGGCACCUCCUUCGAUAGAUGGCGUCGCUGCAGCUCCUCCAACUAUUCCCGGAACGUUUCCGAUUAACAUGAUGUACAUGACCCAGCAAGCUACACGACAUGCUAGGCGAGUCUAUGUUGGCGGCCUUCCUCCUAUGGCUAACGAGGAGGAGUCGGUGGCAACCUUUUUCAAUCAGGUUAUGUCGGCUAUUGGUGGAAACACUGCUGGUCCAGGGGAUGCUGUUGUUAAUGUAUACAUCAACCAUGAGAAGAAUUUUGCUUUUGUGGAGAUGAGGUCCGUUGAGGAGGCCAGUAAUGCAAUGGCUUUAGACGGCAUUGUUUUUCAGGGAGUAACAGUGAAAGUUAGGAGGCCUACUGAUUACAAUCCUUCUCUUGCUGCGGCACUCGGACCAAGUCAGCCAAGUCUAAAAUUGAACCUAGAAGCUGUUGGGAUGUUGCGGGGAUCUACCGCUUGUCUUGAGGGACCCGAUCGCAUAUUUGUGGGCGGCAUUCCUUCCUAUUUCACAGAGGUACAGAUAAGAGAACUGUUAGAAUCUUUUGGUUCUCUUCGAGGAUUCGAUCUUGUCAAAGACAAGGAAACAGGUAACUCCAAAGGCUUUUCCUUUUGCGUGUACCAGGAUACCUCGAUCACGGAUAUAGUUUGUGGAACUCUGAAUGGACUUAAAUUGGGUUCCAAAACUCUAACUGUACGGCGUGCCAACCAAGGAACAACACAGCCUAAGCCUGAACAUGAGAAUGCAUUGUUAGGUGGUGCCCUUCCCACUAAGGUUGUACGCUUAACCCAUGCUGUUAGUGCAGAUGAACUAAAAGAUGACGAAGAGUACGAAGACAUAGUGGAAGAUAUGAGAUUGGAGGCCGGAAAGUACGGUUCAUUGACAAGUGUUGUCAUCCCACGUCCAAUUGCCUACGAUGAGCCAUCUCCAGGAGUUGGCAGUGUGUUCUUGGAAUUUUCCGACACCAUUGGCGCUUGGAAGGCUCGAGAGGGGCUGAAUGGUAGGAAAUUCGGUGGGAAUGAGGUGGUAGCGGUCUAUUAUCCUGAGAUUAAAUUCUCACAGGGGGAAUAUGAUGCUUAA